UCCUCGUCAACUAAGUUUCUUCACUCUCCACUUCAUAAUAUCAACUUCAUUCUAAACAAUUAGAAAGAACAAAUUAUACAUGUCUCCACAAACAUAAAGAAUAUUAAUUGUUUAAGGAAAAUAUAUUAUUUAGAAUAUUAAAUAUACCAGGAAAAUAAUUAUAUGUGUGUGGGCGGGUACCCAUAGGUCGGGUUUACCUAAACCCAAAUCCAACCCGACCCGGUGAAUAGUGUAGCAGGUUUAAACCCGAACCCGGCCCAAAACCCGUCAACACGGAUUUUACCCGCGUUGACCGGGUUGGGUCGGGUGGGUACCCGUGGGUUCGGGUUUUGUUGCCAUCCUUAGUUGGUAUUGUUGUCCAGUCUCGAGGUCUCAGAACUUCCCGAAUUCAGGUCUAUUAACUAGUCCAUCUUAUUGAACCUCUUAGCACAUGUAGUCAAAUAUAAUUUGUGUUUGUCUUGUGUAAUGUAUAAUUGUAAAAUGAUGUUACAUGAAUCUUAGAUAAUAAACAUUAUUCUUCCGUAAUAUUUAUAGAACUGGUAUACAUAAACCUUAUGUAAUAGAUGAUCCUUUUACGAGUUGAUUAUUAACCCUACAUUCCCCAUUGUGAAAGUUUAAGUAACACAUACAAUUUAGGGCAAUGUCUAUUUUUUACCCAAACCUUUUUCAGAUUCUUUUAUUUUAACCAAACCUAUUGAAUUCCUAAAAAUUAUCCAAAUGUUAACUCUCCGUCAAUUUUUCUGUUAGUAAUGCUAACUAAGUAUGACCAUAAUGAGUUGACUACCUACGUGGGGUCAGAAUACCAUCAUUUACUAUUUUUAAUAAAAAGAUUAUAAAAAAAAAACAAAAUCCCACUCCUCACGUGAACGAAAUAAGUAACGGUAACAGAAUGAAUGCCCAGACUUUGAUAAAUUAUAAUACGUUUGGAUAAUAAAUAGAAUUUCUAUAGAUUUAGUUAAAAUAAAAGAAUCUGAAAAAGGUUUGGGUAAAAAAUAGACAUUACCCUACAAUUUAACAAUUGCAUAAGAAAUGGGUUGUCAUUUCGUAACAUUUACAUAAUAUAUUUGUUCUUUCCAAAAAAAUAAAAAUAUAAUACAUUUGUAGUAGAUGUAAACAAGACACAAUUCCAUAAACGAAAUUCAGUUUGACGUAAACCGUCAUGAACAUUACAAAAAUCUUAACGUAAAACAUCUGGAAAUUCAUUUUUACGUAAACAUUGAGAAAUGACUGUUACUACGAAAAGAUAGUGAAAUGUUUUUUACCAUUAAAAAUAGUUGGCUAGCUAGCAUAUAAUAGAUGCUACCAAAUUCAUAAAUAAAAAAAAUUGCUAUAGCAAGCAAUUUCUCACACAGCUUCUUCUUUGACUAACGACCAAUCAUCAUCUACAAUCCAAAACAUACCAACUUAAUCAGUGCAAAUAAGCUCCGCACAAUACUCCAAAAAUAAAAACUCUGUUCCCUUCAUUCAUUUCAGUACUCGGUUGUAAUUUCCUGAUAACAAGCGGUUCCACGUGCAUGUCCAUCAAUUUGCUCUGCUUAAGCAGACAACCACAGAACAAGAGCACCAUUAAACAAAACCCAGCUGGGAAAUUUCCCCCCUGCUGCUGCUGCUGCUGCUUCCCCUUCAGAUCCACAAAUUCCCUUUGUCUCAGAGCUAUAUAACUGCCCUCAGAAGCCAUCAACUUUCAUUCCACAACUACUCCACUCGAAGAAAUGGCUGGAUCCUUCCUUAUUAUGUGCCUCAUCCUCGUAGAAGCUUUAGUGGGUCUGGCCAUGGCCAGUGAAAAAAAUGUUCAAACUUUGGUCCAAUCCAACUCUGUUGAAGCACCAUCACCAAAUAGAAAACUUGGGAAUCAUGGCCCAUCCAUGGCGCCAAGUUAUGAUCAAGAGGGAGAGAGGAGUCAUGGUGGAAAUGGAAAUGGAAAUGGAAUUGGCAGUUCUUCCUCUGUCGUUGAUUUGGAGCAUAGGCAUCACCGUUCAGUGGAUAAAUCGGUGGCCGGCGGUGGAGUGAUUCUUGGGGGGCUGGCUACCAUGUUUUUGCUGGCGGUCUUCUGUUACAUUAGAGCUACAGGAAGAGAUCAUAAAUCUGAAACUAGCAGCAAUGCCUGAUUUCCAUUCCAUACUCUGUUUUUUUUUUUGGGGGGGGGGGGGGGGGGGGGGGGGGGGGGUACUACUGCUUUGUUAAAUAUUAUCUUUUUUUGUGUGGGUAGGUAAUGAAUAGAACAGAGGAGCUCGCUUUGAUGAGGGGGUUCCCUUGUUCAUGUUUGAAACUGUAAAUUUAUUUAAGAGUUGGAUUCUUAUCUAGUACAUAAACUAAUUUCAUUUUACUUGAAAGAAACCGAUCGCUAUCAAGUAGGAUAGCAAUGUUGACAUGUGACUCGAUCUAUUCGACUCGGUAUGUUCGGAUAUUACUAGUGUAUGAUAGUGUGCGUGAGUUUUAUUUCUCCAUUGUACUUUUUUGGCUAUGUUCUCGAUAUGUAUGCUAUCUGGAAUAUCGCUAAUAUUUGCACAUAUUUAUAAGGAUUGUCAAAAGUGUUCUAUAUCGGUUGGUAUGAGUGGAAAAAGCAAUGUGGGUUACUAAUAUGGGAAUCAUCCUUUAAAUAUUCAGAAAAUCGCCCGGCGACAAGUUCAUCAACUGUUAACCGCCUAAACUGCCAUACCCGUUUGACAUAUUUUUGGGUGACCCAUUGAUAAUGUUGUAGCGUACUAUCAAAUUUACUAAAUAUUUGAAGGGUAUUUAGAUCGUAUUAACUUAGCAUUUCUAACGUUCGACUACUCAAAAUUGCAUGAAUUAUUCGAUCACAAUAAACCAAUUUGAAAGCUAUUAAUAAAACUUGAAUUAAUUAUAGAGCAAGGAAAGCGAUAAAUUGUCUAGUAACAUGAAUCGGAACAGGCGAUUGCCCGGACCAUGUGACCCCAGGUUCGAUGGAUCGACAAUUCCUUAGAGAGGGUUGAAUGCAUAUGUGAUUCUUCAACGGAAAAUACCUAACUGAUAGGCUACAAGAAGCCUACGAUUUCUCCAUUAAUGCAUCACAUAGUCUAAUCAAUUGAAGAUUGUGUCAAUUUGUAUACGAUAAGGAAAAGAACAUGAGGAUUUAACGUGGUUUCCCUGAUGAUUAGGACUAGUCCACGAGAGAUAUAGAACUCUCCAAGGGUAAACUCUUAUUCGCGUUAGGGUUUUUCUGGUUACAUGCUACGUAUUUAUACAUACAAAGGCGGCUGGCUAAUUACAACUAAGUACACAAAGUAACAUAUUUCAACACCCUCCCUCAAAUUGAUGUUGGGUACGUAACAUCAAUUUGGAUGAGAGGAACCAAUGUCUACUCGACGCCAACGCCUUUGUCAAGAUGCCUGCAGUCUGGUCCUCUGUAGAAAGGUAACCAACUUGUAUCAUACCUUCCGCGAUCAGUUGUCUAAUAUAAUGGAGAUGUACCUCAAUAUGCUUCGUCCUGUCAUGCAACACCGGAUUUAUAGCAAUCUGUAUCGCACUGGUAGUAUCUCCAUAUAUCCUCAUUGGCCGACGACAGGUCAUGUCUAGUUCCCCAAGUAACCGAUGUAACCACUCCAUCUCUGAGCUCACCUCAGACAUAGAUCGAUACUCUGCCUCUGUCGAGGAGUUCAACACUCGGUCUUGCUUCCGACACCUCCACAAAAUGAACGACCUUCCUACCCGUAUACACCAUCCCAAAGUAGACCUUCUAGUAUCUUACACCCAUCCCGAAGUAGAACUUCUAGAAAAUAUCUAUUGUUUCCAAAUGACGUUGGGGUGAUUGGUCCACAGAGAUCAGCAUGAACAAGCUCAAGCGGUGCUUUAGCUCGUGACAGGAACUCCUUUGAAAAACUUGCCCUGAAUUGCUUCACAACAAAGAAUCAUUCACACAACUAAUCAGGAUGAUUGAUCACGGGCCGACCAUGCUCUAUCUUCUUAUGAUUCAGUAACUUUAGGCCUUAAAAUUUAGAUUGCCAUACCUCAGAUGCCAUAGCCAUGUAGUGUCCUUCACACAUGCUUUCAAGCACUUCGCCAUUUCAGUCUAAAUGUUUGGCGUGACCAUUCUAUUUCUCGAAAAGGCUAUUGUCCUUGAUACAACAACCUUCUCUGUUCUGGGCGGUGAUUGCUGUCCUCAGACGGAUCUGGCGAACUCGUAACUGGGUUGUCUUUGAAGGCAAGCAGUUUGGGAUCCCAGCCUUAAUGCGCCAGUUUAACCAGCAAUAUGAGGAGUGGAUGAGCCUGCCGGUGGAUAGGGUUCUUCUGUCUUCCUCCCCGUUGAUACAACGCUUGGGUCCUGUGGGGCCUAACAUGGUUAUUUGUAUGUGGGAUGGGGCAGUAUGGAGUGAAUCACAUUCGGCAGGCAGGAUGGUCAUUAUGAACCCUGCUAGUGAGGUCCUUUUGGUGAAGAGGGAUCAAUUUCUGUUGAUAGAUGAUCCUAGGGGUGGAAGUUUGGGUUGCGGGUUGUGGAUAAUCCGCAAACCACACCAACCCGCACUCAUUGUGGGUAACCAUACCCACAAGUUGUGGGUAGUGGGUUGGGUGUGGGUAGUAAAAUAACAAUUUUUGUGGUUAGUGGUUAUCCACUACCCACCGCGGUUAACCCACAAAAUUCACAAUAACCACACUAAUUAUAUUUAUUUAGUGAAUUAACUUUAUAAUAUAAUAGUAUGUGAAAA